CCAGUCCCCGCACAAUCGUGUUCACAUUAUCCCCCGACAAAUGACGUUUUAGUGGACAAUAGGCAUUGAAAAAGUACUCCGAGGGCUGGCAAAGCCUUCUGACGGACCCUGGGGUGUGAAAAUUGUCGGGGUAAUUUUAUUUUGUCGAUAUCUGAGGUGUUUCGAGAGUAUGACAAGUGGUGAGUGGGUUUGAGGUUAUUAGUGGUAGAUUUUUGGUGUCUUCGGGGUGUUCUGAGAAAUUCAACGGCUUCUGAAGAUCAUGGAACAGCAAGGAAGUCUGCAGGACGGGGUCGUCAAGGAUGUCAGGACGCUUUUGUGGGGAAAUUGUCCGAAGGAGGAUGUUUUCCAGAGAUGGGCGCAAGGCUUCCAAUUUUCGCAAGAGGAGCCAACCGCCCUCGUCCAGGUAGAGGGAGGUCCCUGUGCAGUAAUAGCCCCUGUUCAAGCCUUCAUCCUCAAAGAUCUGCUGCUGGAGGGCCCUCCCGACAUCUGGAAGAACGUGACAAGAGACAAGCAGGAUCGGUUGCUCAUCAGAGCUGCUACUGAGAUAAUCCGACAGGCAGCAGACCCAAUACACCCAACCUACUCUCUGAUUCAUCUCGACACUGAUAACAGUGAUGAUAAUCCCAUGGCUAAUGGAGAAGUUUCGACAGAGAAGGCCCAGCCCCUGUUUACAUCUGAUUACUUUCACUCGAGACUCAGGAUAUUUUCCACAAUCAGCCUCGAUGAGGUGGAAAAAUACCUUUCCCAGAGGAUAGAGUUUUUCAAGGAGCCAUUUGGUGUGCUUCUCCUGCUUUAUACAGUUGUUUGUACCAAAGGAAUCAACGGAAUGAGAAGUGAAAUGUCAGAUCCCACUGAACCAGUGAUAGAUUCGAUUUAUGGAUAUGGGAGCCAGAGCCUUAUUAAUCUGAUGCUCACGGGGAGGGCUGUCGGCCACGUAUGGGAUCAUGAUCAAGAUGUUGGUGGAUUACAAUUACGGGGAAUUGACAAGCAAAAUACUGUUGGCUUUCUGGCGCUGUUGGAGCACCUGCGUUACUGCGAAGUCGGAGCAUUCCUCAAGUCCCCAUCACACCCUGUCUGGGUGCUGGGGUCAGAGACACAUCUUACAGUCCUUUUCUCAACAGAUCGAAGAUUGGUGAGUCCAGAGACACCAGCGGAGUAUGCCCGGAGAGUCUUCAAAAAAUAUGAUCCAGAGGGGAACAAUUUUAUACCUGCUAACCUCCUCCAGGACGUCCUUGCUGACCUAGAACUUGUUGCUGAUGAUGAAUAUGUUGAUAUCAUGAAGAAAAAAUUGGACAAUGAGUCCUUGGGAAUAAUUCUCCUGGCAUCGUUCAUGGACGAAUUCUUCCCGGAGGAGCCCCGCACGUGUCCCGACACCUUCACCCUCUACCAUUACAAUGGAUUACCUCGUUCAAACCCAGAUAAUCGUGUACGCUACCACACGGGCGAUGCUGUCCUCUUGGAGUGUACGGUUAAGUGCAUUCUGGACAGCAAUCCCAUGCUGACAGUUCUGCAGACCAAGUGGCCGAGCAUCGAAGUGCAGUGGGACAUCGGUAGAACGCCAAGUCUGAAUUGAUUAUUCCAACGGUUCCAAGAAUUUUAUUGUUCGUUUAUGACUGACUAUUCACAUUUUUUUACACCUCUCGAUGAAUUCAGGAUUAUCUGGGGAAUGAGGGGAUUUACGAGGAAAUCUCGUAACACAUUUUUCGUUGGAAAUUUAAUUCGGCACAAGAACUGUUUUAUCACUUUUUCCUCUAGAUCCAGUCACUCUCGAGAUAUCGAGAGAAAUGGACAAUUGCAAAUUCGCAAAUUCACCUGAUCAAAGAUAAAAAAUCAAAUUGUCACUAAAAAAUUGUUUUCUUUGUUUCUUUAGUCGAGAAUAUUUUUCUGAAAACUGUCGGAGAUAUGCUCUCAUCGUUGGAGAGUCAGUAAAUUAUGGGCAAUUCCAUUUAGGGAGAGUAACAGUGAAUAAACGAUUUUACUCCAUUAUUAAUUGAUAGAUAAUGACAUUUGACAGUUUUCUUUUGCUGAGAACGAUGAAAUAAUUAAUGAAAAAAUAAUAAUGACCUGUGAAUAUCGUCGAAUGCUUAAUUGCAUAGAUUUAUUAAAUUAAUAAAUUAAUAAAUACAUGAUAAUUAUACAUAUAGUACAUAAAGAAUAGAAAAAAUAGGAAAGGGAGCCUUCGUAAUUGAUAAUUAUCUUUAAGUAAAUAAUUAAUUAUUCACUGAGUUAUUUAAAUAAAUGCGACAUGGCUAUUUCAUGGUUUCAACCAGUGCCCAAUCGUAGAUUUCAAUAUUUUUAUUCUCCUCGCAGUUUAUUUAUUCAAUUCUCGUGUACAUUAUACUUUGUUUUUGUCAUAUUAUUCGAGGUAUGGAUUAUUUCAUAAACUUUUUGGUUUCAUUAUUUGAACAUUCAGUGCUUAAUUCAGUAGUUAGAAGGUCUAUUGCACAUUCAGAUACUGAAAAAGAGAAUUCUCUCGUAUUUUGUUAAUUGUUUUUUUUUGGAAUUGUCAUUAUGAGAAAAUUAUUAAAUUAGUUUGAUAUUAUUGGA